UUAUAAAUAUCUCUCUUAUAGUAUAUUUUAGAAAUAAACGUAAUGUAUGUUGUAACUACUUAAUUAUUUAGUCCUGAAGUUAUAAGUACCAUGAAGUAUUUGUUAACUUUUGAAUAGUAUCAGAAUUCAAUUCCUAGUAACUAAUUUUGUAGCCUAAUGUUUUGUUAACUUAUUAAAAAAGAUUUUUUCGAAUGUGAUGUUAUCUUAAUAAUUAAAUUAUUUUUCUAUUUAUUUUAAAAUCAGAAGUAUUCAGUGUAACUGUAAUAGUUAUGGACAAAUUUCUGUCUGUCAAACGUAUUGAAUUUGAUAAUGAAACAAUUGAUACAAGUUCAUCAGCUAGCCAGUUGCAAGUAGAGAAAAAAAUUUCUAAAUUGUUUGAAUUAUUUUGCUCAAAAGCAGAAUGUGAUCCUGAUGCACCUAUAUUAAAUAGAGAAAACCACUUAUCUUAUAUUAGAAAUCAUAUGUUCACAAUUCCUCAAAACUAUGAAUGUUUAGACUCUAGUCGACCAUGGUUAUGUUACUGGUUGUGCCAAUCACUUGCUCUACUGAAUUAUGAACUUUCACUAGAAGAAAAGUCAAAUUUUAUUAAUUUUUUAUCUAAAUGUCAACAUGAAAAUGGUGGUUUUUCCGGAGGCCCUAAUCAAAUGCCUCAUUUAGCACCAACAUAUGCUGCUGUAUGCGCAUUAUGUUUAAUUGGUACAGAUGAUGCUUACAAAGUAAUCAAUAGAAAGAAAUUAUUUUCUUUUUUGUCUUCUUUACGUACUCCUAAUGGAUCAUUUCGCAUGCAUAAGUAUGGAGAAUGUGAUGUUAGAUCAAUUUAUUGUGCAAUAACUGUAGCACGAUUAACCAAUAUUUAUUCAGAUGGCCUUUUUGAUGGAAGUGCUCAGUGGGUAAUUAGAUGUCAAACAUAUGAAGGUGGAUUUGGUGGUGUACCAGGUGUAGAAGCUCAUGGUGGUUAUACUUUUUGUGGUUUUUCAGCAUUACUUCUACUUAAUGCUAUUAAUAUGUGUGAUACAAAAGCUCUUCUACGUUGGAUUGUUAAUAAACAAAUGUCAUUUGAAGGAGGAUUCCAAGGUAGAACAAAUAAACUUGUUGAUGGAUGUUAUUCAUUUUGGCAAGUAGCUAUUUUUCCUGUGUUAACAGAAAUGUUAAAGUCCGAAGAAAAUCAAAAAUUAUGGACAUUGUAUGAUUACAAAGCUCUUCAAGAAUAUGUUUUAAUAUGUUGCCAAAAUAAAUAUAGUGGUGGUCUCAUUGAUAAACCAGGAAAACCUCCUGAUGUAUAUCAUACAUGUUAUGUACUUAGUGGAUUGUCAGUAUCACAGCAUGCAAAAAAAAAUGGUUUUUGUAUUGUAGGUAAACCAGAAAAUAUUUUAAAUGAAAAUAACUCUGUAUACAAUAUUGAAGUUACGUGUUUGGAAAAAGCAUUACACUAUUUUAACAACACACCACCUAUUAAUCAGUGAUAAAUUUGAGUUUUUAUUUAAAACUUUAUUUCAAGUUAAGUUUAAAAUUCUAGUAAAGUUCAAACUAUCAAUACCAUACAAUCUAAAUUUUAUAGAAUCUUUUGUAUUUUUGUAUUUAAUUUUUUAUGAUUGUCUUCUUAUUAAUUAACACAAAAUAUGGGUUUUUAAUAAAAACAAAAGUGUUUAAUAAUCUUUAUUAUGUAUUGGGGUCUGAUUGUUUAUAAAUUAAAAAUAAUAUAAUUCAUCAUUUUUUUUUAUUUAUAGAAUAGUAUUAUUGGUGAAAAAAAUAAUAAAAUAAUUAUCACACGAGGGUAA